CAUGAUCAUCAGCGCCGAAAACAGCGCCAUGGAGCGGUACUGCUCUCCGCUGAAUUGCGAGGCUGAAUCGAACUCGGACGACGACGAGUCUGAUUGUGACUCGGAAGACGGCGAGGAAGACGAGGACGACGAGGACGACGAGGACGACAAAAAGCCCACGAGAGGUUCUAAGAGGAAGACUGAAGCCCUCCGAGCUCGAGACCGCCCGCCAAAGCAGUCCAAUGCAGGAGCUGCUCAGCCACGCAGAUAUCUACUGAAGUUGAACUGUCGUGAGACUGGCGAGGGCAUGAUUCAAUCCACGGCAGAGAAGGGGACUAUCAAAUUCAACGCCGAGAACUUGGCCAGCUUCAACGGGAAGACUAACCUUCCUUGCGUGGGCCAAGGAGUGCCUUUCACUGCCCGGAAGAUUAGUGAUGUGCCGUGUCAACCCAGAAAUUCGUGGGCUGACUACUCGGAGAGGGCGUACGAGCUUGCAUGGGUUCGCCGGUGGAAUUAG